AUGGUAGUGUACGACCCUGAUGGUAAAUUAGAUAAGAAAGAGGUGAAGCAUCGCAAAAAUUUGAUCAGGAGGAAAAAUGUUGAAUACGUUGUGUUUAUUUAUGGUCUAUAUGAUAAACUAAAACUCGUCGUUUAUCCAUCGAAAAAAGUCAUAGCGAAAAUUCGAGGUAAAACCAAGAAGAAAUUAUAUCAAGCGACGUUUUCUAUUCAUAAUACAACGUCGAAUCAAUGGGCCGAAGGAAAGAUUAUCGAAAAUUCACAAUGGCUCCAUACUAUCUAUACAAUCGAAUGGAACGGCAGUCAUCUGUCGAUAAUUAGUUAUCUUAUAACACCGUGGAUAGUAGAUAUUGUCGAUUCAUCGAAGAGCGAAUUGUUAGCUCAAUCUCAACGGCGAUGGUUUUCGUGGAAAUACAAGUAUCAAUUAGACUUAUUUUCGGAUCGAUCUAUUUAUUUGCACUCGCUGUGGUUAGUCGAGGUAAAAAUGGAUGAAGACGAUAAGCAUCUAUUCGAACGUAAUCUAUGGACGUCAAUACGAUGUUUCAAUAAAGACAUGAUAAUACUACAAGACUCUUUCAUUAUUACAAAGUGA